CCGUAAUAUAUAUCAUUGGGCCUGGGUAUGUUAAAAUUUCUUUAAUCAAUAAUUGUCUCAUCAGUGGCAGUGUGGCACAGUCAGUUUAAGAAGAAAGGUUGUCGGAAGUAGCAGCAGCAAGUAAAAAUGGUGGAAGAAGGAGAAAUACAUGGUGAUUGGGAAAUGGUGGAAGCUGAACCACGUCCUCCUACUCCUCCUACCCCUUGUCUUCCUUUUUCUCCUGCAGAUAUCCAUAUGGGGAUUGAACAAUUAGAGGUCCAAGAUGAAGAAGAAGAAGAUGGGCCGCCACCUGGGUGGAAUUUUAUUCCUCAGCUACAAAGUAACAAGGGGGAUGAAAAUAUGGAUGAUGAUGAAGAAGGGCCACCGCCUGGGUGGGACUUCAAGCCAAAACCAGAACAACUAACGGAACAUGAAAAUAAAGACAUCAAGGAAGCAGAACAGCCACCUGAUUGGCAUUUUGUUUCCCUUCAAGAACCAGAAAUAGGGUCCCACCAUGAUGACAUUGAAGAAGGACCUCCACCUGGGUGGCCUUCAGUGCUGCCAGCACAACAAAAUAUGAUGGCUGAAAAACAAGAAAGCAAAGUAGGCAGUGAACUUGGGUCCCAUUCUGUGCAUUCACCGCAAAUCAGAACAAGGAGUGAGUUAGAAGCUCUAAAAGCUAAAGAAAUUGGGAUCCAGCAUGGGAAGAGUUCCAUUGAUCUGCUACAACCUAUAGUGGAAUAUAAACAAGAUACCGAAGAAGCGCAACCAGGGUUAAAUUCUAUACUUCUACCACAGCCUCAAGUGACCUCUCCAAUGGUGCCGCCAUCACCAUUGCAACUUUCAGAUACAGAUAGAAAGAGCGAACAAGAGGUUGCAGAUGAGGAAGAGCCUCCUCCUGGGUGGAAUUCAACAGAGAAAAAUAAAUUCAACAGUGAACAUAAAGACACCAAAGAAGGGGAAACACGUGUUAGGACGUCUCCAGCAAAAACCGAAAUUGAGCUUGAAAAACAAGAUAUCUUAGAAGGUGCAGACGAAGAAAGGGCUCCGCCCGGGUGGUAUUCUAUAGACAAGGAUAUAAUUAGCUGUGAACAUCAAGACAUUAAAGAUGGGGCAUCACUGUCAUCAACGUCUUCAGCAAAAUUGGAAAUCAAGAUUGAAAAACAAGAUAUCAUAGAUGAAGGGCCACCACCUGGGUGGAACCUCAUGCCCCCUCCACAAAGUAAAUCUGGGAGCGAGAAUCAAGCAAUAAAAGGUGAAGGGCCUUCGCGUGGAUUACAUUUAGGCCCUCCACCACCUAAACUAGAUAGUAUACAACAAGAAAUUGGAGAAGAAAGGCCUCAGAGCAUGUCAAAUUCCCUGUGUCAACAAUCAAAAGUGGGACACCGUCAACAAGAAGUCAAAGAAGAAAGGCCUCAUCCAGGAUCAAAUUGCAUGCCCCCACCUUCACCUCAAAUACGACCUCCAAUGCCGGUAAAUCCUAUGUCAACAUCUGCUAGGAGACCACCACCAUCUGGAAAUCAUUCAGAAAUGGGUCAAAUGGUGUGUGGUUCCUGUCGCCGCUUGCUUAGCUAUACAAGAGGAGCUAAAUAUGUAAAAUGUUCAUGCUGUCAGACUGUCAACCUUGUUCUAGAAGCUCAUCAAGUUGGGCAGGUAAAAUGUGGUGGGUGUGAAGUUCUGCUGAUGUACCAGUUCGGAGCAAAUGCAGUUCAGUGUGCAUCUUGUCGUCAUUUGACUGAAAUUGUGGCACAGAACAGACGACCUCCCCUUUCCGUGCAGCAGGCCCAUGGUCGACGUCAUGGAAUCUCUAAUCGUUAGAAUAACAUGGUAUGGUUAUUUCUGCAUACAAGCUUGGAAGCUGGACAGUAAAGCAUUGCAGUCAAAGAUAUAGUCCAAAUAAAUUUGAAAUCUUGGUCCUCCAUGGAUCACAGUAUUGUAACUCUAUAGGAACAUGUUAGUAAUUAACAUCUUGACGACUCGCAAGUACUAUAAUUUAACUGUUUUCUUUUUCCA